AUGCGUUUUUUUGUUUUAGAACGCCGGUUGGAAAUUGAAAAAUCCCUGACAGAAAAGCCGGCAACGUUUCCAGACCUGCUCGAUCCUGUUUCGUUUGCCGCUUCACGAGCAGCAGAGAUUGAAACCCUGCUGAACGCAAUGCGGGACUCUAGACUUGCAUCUUCCAAAAGGGUGUUUCAGAGGCUUCCAAAACACCUAAGGAGAAGAACGGCAAGCCAUGCCCCAAAAAGGCAGUUAGUUUUUGCUGAUUUACAGGCUGCGGCCAAUGUGUCGCACAUCAAGAAGCGUAACGACAAGGCAGAACCGGCUUUGGUUGCUUCCAUCCCACAUUCCAACACAUCAAAUGAAGCUAUUGAUCAAAGUCAACUAGGCAGCACGUUUGGCGGAAGCCCUCAUAAGGCCCCUCAUCCAAGACUCUCGCGUAAAUCUCAACGAAAGUGCAAAAAGUCUCUUUUGCAUUCAAGACUUGCCUCGGCAGCAUUUGCAUCUCUCUCAACGUUGAAAUCAGAAAUUGCUUCACGACCAUUCUGGUUACAGACUCAUUACUGGCAUGCAAAGAGAUUUGCUAUGGCAACAUUUUGGAAUUACCGAAUCGCCCUACAAAGCAAUUCUAAAGUUUAUCGCCCGCUCAUUCGGGCAGGCCUUUCUGGCAGCACUCUACAUGACCUCUCAUAUGAAGAGUGCUUCCUUUUGCAAAACCAGCCCGAAAAUGUUAACCUCGCCUCUAUUCUCUCAGAACGCACGCCAUUCAAAUGGAAAGUUGCCCAUCAGGACUGCCAUAUACGCUACACGGAUCAGGAUGCCUCUAUGAUGGGACAUUGCAUUUCCUGCUUUUUUGUCUUUCAAGAGACGCAAUUCCUUGGUGUGGUGGGCGUUGAAUCCGCUAAAGGCGCGACCGGGACUGAUUAUCUUUUAUGGGUUCAUCCCUCGAUAUCUUGUACAAUUAAAGACAGCCUACUUCAGACAUGCGAGUCUCUUAUUGGAAGGCUCUGUAAAUUCGAGCUUUUCGGGCCAAAAUCGCUUUCUCUGCUAACUGAACUUUUUAAGCUUCAACCCGUGCAGGGCAUAGUAACAGUCCGGAACAGCACCAAGAAGAAAAAGGUGGCAGAGAACUUUGUUUCAGGGGCUUCUUCAAAUGGAUCCCCGUGCCACUCUGCAUUUACACUGAAAGAAGAUGAUGCAUCGUAUGAAAUUCGAAUUAUUCCAAAGUCACCCACACGGGUGCAACUGAUACUUCCCGCCUCACGGGGCGUCGAGUUGUGGAGGCAGCUGAUUUAUACAAACUCCUUUAUCCCAAUUGGGCUUUCCGAAAGGAGAACACUUAUCGAGCAAAUUCAUUUGUUGAACCCUAAAGAUACCAAAAACCUUGACUUGGUGUUUCCAUUUUACCUUCCAGGUACACCAGUUUUUUCAGAAGCCCUUGCGAGAGAUUUUGAAACAUAUGUACUGAGGCCUGAAUCGCGGCUUCCUCCGUCUAAGCGCCGUGUCCGCAUGCCCCCUUCUGAACUGCUUCUCCAUAUCAUCCAAACGACAACACUAUCCCAAGCAAGCCUUUUCAAGUCUGAAUCAAUACUGCAUCAAGAUCAUGUCCGGCAUGCAUCAAAGACCCAUAUAUUCUCAUCCAUUGCAAUUACUCCAAUCGUGAUGAGCGGACGAGGGCGACCCUGUUUCGGUUCCAUUGUCUAUGCAGGAAAGGUUCUGACAAAGAACGCUUCAGAGCUCGAAUCGAUAAUACCUCCGCCGAUUUCAUGGCGUAAUGACUUUCUGGGAGCUGAGGAAAACAUCCCAGAGGAAAGUUCAAUUGUGGAGGAUACGUUGGAAAAUGCCGGAGAGCAUUGCAAGUUAAAAUCUAAAAGGCCCCACAGUUUUCCCUCUGAGGAUAUGAUCUCCGCUAUUGGGUUUAUAGUGGUGAACCCGAUUCAGGAACGACAUAUUGCCUCAAAUGGGUUCUCCAUGGUCACAGGUAGCGGCUAUGGCAUAUGUAUCUAUGAUGAAUCGCUUCUUGCAACGGCAAAAAACCUGCACGGUCAAGAUUUAUGCUUUUGGGUUAGGAAUCCCAUAUCGCCCGCGCUAUUUUAUCCCGCUACAAUGGUACAAUAA